AUGAGGCAUAGCGUAGGUUGGUUCGUGGUACUGCUAUGUGCACCUGCCGUCACGGGCGAUAGUGAGCCCGUGCACGAACUGGACCAGUUGAUUACUGGGAAAAUAGACGAGACAAAGCUGAUGAUUGUGGACGUGGAAGAGCAGCUGGAAACGGCGCAGCAGGUCGCGGGGCUUUUUGGACUGGAGGACGCCCAGCUGGAGAUGGUGUUCUUGGAGACAAGAGCGACUGUGCAAGUGGCGCACGAAGAGGUGGAGCGGGCGAUGGGAGACGCGAUGGAUGCAAUUGAAGACGUGCGGCAGAUGGCGGUGGCGAACGUGACGAUAUGGCAGAAGACGCUGCAGGGAGUGAGAGACGCGACGCAGAAAACCCACGAGAUAUUGCAGCACAUCAGAGAAGAGCGGGCGGUUGUUACACGAUUGGAGACAGAGCUGGAAGCACAAAAGGAGAAAAAGAGCGAUGAUUUGAUAGGGAUUGGUAUGGUGCCGGAGCAAAAGGGACAGCGUGAGCGGGAGGGACGGAUGGAUAUGUUGAGUGGUGAGUCGAUGAGAGGACAAGUUGAGCUGAAGCAGAUGGAUGCCUUGGAUACGGAACUGGAACAUCAGCGUGAUUCCGAAGAGACACGUGAUUUGGACACUAGAUCUUUUGAAGGUGCAGAGCAUAGAUCUGGAGGUAGGUGGCUGCUGGGUCGGUAUGCCUCCGCUCAACAAUGGGUGAUAGAGGCAGUUAUGGCAGUUUACCGGCAGUUGGUGCUUCCAGUGGCGAUCAUCUUGGGCUUCUGCUUCGUUGUGACAAUUGUCAUUGGGAGAUACAAAGCCAAACAGCGUGCGCGACGCCACCAACGCGUUAUAUACUCGGGAUACGCGAAAGUUUCCCGCUCCAAGCCAAAGCAACAAAAAGAGUCUGAUAUCGACGAUGAAGCAGAUCGAGCACUCCUGCACCACCCUAGUUCGCGCCGUGAUGCUAAUGUCAGGACUGGAAAUGAAGACGUGCUCGUAAGUGCAAGUUACAGCCCAUAA